AAUAACAGCUUGAUUCAAAUAACUUUGUAUCCCUUUUGUUUGCGGUAAAUCCAAAAUGGCUGAUGUACCUCCUUUCGAUAUACAGCAAGUAAAAUGUGAUUUAAUUGUCGCACAAAGAGAAUGUUACGAUCGCAGGCUUGUUCAUGCAGCAAAAUGGGCUGCAGAAAUGUCCAGAGCACUCAGUGUAAAAGUGGAUGCCAAAUCUCUCAUUCAUGCAGAGGAAGCAGAGGAUUUCUGGGAUGAGUAUGACAGCUAUGUAUUAGGCAAAAAUUAUUAUGAUGUUAAAGAAUUUGACAGAGCUGUUCAUGUCCUAAGAGAUUGUACUAGCCCAAAGCCAUACUUUCUGCGCCUCUAUUCACUCUACAUGUCAGAUCAGAAGAAAAAGGCAGACAAUAUGCCUGAAUCUAGUGCUGUGCCGGAGGAAACAGACAAUGAAAUUUUAAAAAUACUUCAGACAGAACUGUUAGAAAAACAUUGUAAAAAAGAAUUAGAUGGCUAUGGACUAUAUUUAUAUGGAGUAGUAUUGACAAAACUAGACCUGCCAUCAUCUAUAGAUAUUUUUGUUGAGUCUGUCAACAAGGAACCAAUGAAUUGGUCAGCUUGGAUGGAACUUGCCAGACAUAUCACGGAUAAAGAGAUGCUCCUAUCCCUGAGAUUACCUCAACACUGGAUCAACUCUCUCUUCAUGGCCAAAGUUUAUAUGGAGUUACAGCUGAAUGACAAUGCUUUGGCCAUUUACAGAACUUUCAUGGAAAGGGGCUUCUCUGAAAGCUCUUACUUAGUGUCACAGUUUGCUGUCACCUACCAUGAAAUGAGAGUUGUUUCUGUUGACCAAAUUAUUUUAGCUGUUGACUUGGCUGUCCAGACGUUCAAAACAUUGGAGGUCAUGGAUCCGUACAGAUUAGAAAAUAUGGAUGUGUAUUCCAACUUACUUUUUGUUACGGAAAACAAGGCAGAGCUGGCUCAUCUUGCUCACAAGUGUUGUACCAUUAACAAAUACUCUGUAGAAACCUGCUGUGUUAUAGGUAAUUAUUACUCUUUGAGAUCACAGCAUGAAAAGGCCUUGCUUUACUUCCAAAGAGCUCUGAAGCUCAAUGCCAACUACAUCUCAGCCUGGACCUUGGUUGGCCAUGAGUACAUGGAGAUGAAAAACACAUCUGCUGCAAUACAGGCCUACAGAAGAGCUACAGAGGUUGACAAACGUGAUUACAGAGCUUGGUAUGGACUUGGUCAAACAUAUGAAAUUCUAAAGAUGCCAAAUUACUCUCUUUACUAUUACAGAAGGGCACAGCUUUUGAGACCUAAUGAUUCCAGAAUGGUGAUAGCUCUGGGAGAAUGUUACCAAAAGAUUGAUAGACUUCAAGAAGCCAAAAAAUGCUUUUGGAAAGCUCAUUGUCUGGGUGAUGCAGAGGAAAUAGCAUUACUUAAACUAGCCAAUCUGUUUGUUGCUCUAAAUGAAAGAGAGCAAGCAUGUCAGGCCUACACAGAAUAUAUAAAUCAGGCUGAUAAAUUACUGAUUCGUGAUCACUCAGUGCUAAGUAGAGCCUACUUGUAUUUGGCUGACUAUCACAGUAGUAAAAAGAAUUGGGAUGAUGCCUACACAGCAGCUCAAAAGUGUACAGAGUUUCCAGAGACUAGAGAAGAGGCUAAAGGAAUGUUGAGGAUGAUACAGACACAGCGCACUCAGGACACUCCUGUGACACCAACAGCCAUGAAUGUGGAUGACAGUAUGGAUAGCAUGAUACACAGUGAUUUGUAUAACCCCACAGCACCUAGGACGUUUGAUCGGGUCACUCCAGUCAAUUUAAAAUUUACUCCUUGAUGAUUGGAGAAGCUGUAGUGAAGUCCUCUUCCCAGACUGGAAUAUAAACCCUAAGAUAAAAAUUGGCACUUGUCCUAAUAUCAAGCAGCAAUUUGAUGUGCCAAAAAAUGUAAACAGUCAUUACCUGAGCCCUUCAGUGAUUGAGGAAUUGAUUUCUUGUAUUGAAUUGAUGUACAUAUAUUUUAAUUUAUGCUGCUUCUUUCUAUGCCAUGAUGUGUUCAAUCAGUGUAAUAGAAGAAUAAAAUUAUGAUUGAUCUUUCCUGUCACUUCAA